GGGUUAAGAGGGCGGAAUAGUUGCCUGGGUGACGUUUGCUGAACGGAAAUGUUGCAGAGAGAGUGAUCACUGUUCGUGGACCCUACUACACGUGUGCUGUAUGCAGGAUCUUCCUGAGGAGGGCUGCAGUCCUUGCCACUGUUCGCGAUGUUUGUCCUAGUAGAGAUGAUGGACACUGUGCGGACAACUCCGUGGCAGUUUGAACGCAAACUAAAUGAUUCAAUCGCAGAAGAGCUGAACAAGAAAUUGGCCAAUAAGGUUGUAUAUAAUGUGGGCCUUUGUAUUUGCCUACAUGACAUUACUAAACUGGAAGACUCUUAUAUUUUCCCUGGCGAUGGAGCUUCUCACACCAAAGUUCAUUUCCGAUAUGUUGUCUUCCAUCCUUUUCUUGAUGAGAUCCUAAUGGGAAAAAUCAAAGGCUGCAGCCAGGAAGGGGUUCAUGUGUCUCUUGGCUUUUUUGAUGAUAUCAUUAUACCUCCAGAGUCCCUGCAGCAGCCUGCUAAAUUUGAUGAAGCAGAGCAAGUAUGGGUAUGGGAGUAUGAGACCGAGGAAGGAGCUCAUGAUCUGUACAUGGAUAUUGGAGAGGACAUCAGAUUCCGUGUGGUAGAUGAGACCUUCAUAGAUACUUCUCCAACUGGGCCCAGCUCUGCUGAAGCUUCCUCCUCCACAACUGCAGAGGAGACGCAACGCAAGGAAGCACCAUAUACAUUGGUGGGCUCCAUAAGUGAGCCGGGGCUGGGCCUUCUUUCCUGGUGGACCAACAACUGAUGAACAACAAUGCUGUAUUUGUGGCUUUUCCAGUUCUGUAAGCCUCUCCGUCAUCCAGAAUACUGAAGACUAAAAUAUAGUACCGCUGUAGCCACUGAAGGACAUUGCUCAGCUAUUGAGACCAAUGGGAGCUUAUGAGGCUUAUAAAAUCAGAUGUUGAAACCUGAUUUUAAGGAAGAGAAGGAGCACAUUUUUCCUUGUAAGCUUGGUUCAGAAUCCUUUAUGCUAAAGACCGAAAAUUACCAGCAUGGGGGGCUCUUUUUAUCUAAGGUGGUAUUCUUUUACUUUCGACUAAAGAAAUUAAGUUGAAACCAACAAAUCAAAUUGUCUUAUUUAAAGCUGCAGAGCAUUUCAAGCUCAUUCCCAAAGAAACAGAUUGGGGAAACAGAUUUGAGUUUCAGUUGUAAAUUAGGCUUUCCUGACUCUUUGUAUUAUUUGUCAUGUGACUGUGGUUGCCAUGGUGGUCACAUGAAACUUGAAAAACUAGAAGUAAUAGCUGAAAAAGAUAAGUGAAAAACAAAAGAGUGAUGUAUAUCUUACAGUGAAAAGUGGAAUUUAUUAAGUUAAAAAAGCAAAAACUGAGAUUGUAGCUUUAAGAUCACUGGCAGUGUUAAUAAAAUAGCUUUUUGAACAGAACUCAUGGGCAUUAUGCAGUAUCCUCUUCUGUGUAGCUCUGUAUUUCUGUAAAGAUUUGUAAAUUUCAUGUGGCUUUUUAAUUUUUUUUUUUUUUUAAAGGCUGUAAUAAACAUGGUGUUCAUCUCUUAUAA